CGCACGCCUUCCCAUGCCUCUCUCCUCCGUUCAAAUCCAACCCUCAAAUGUCCACUUGAUUAACGCCCCAAACGUUACUCUAAUUUGCGAGUAAUUAACUUACUGAUCAAGUUUUAAAUCGAAACUUGCACGAGAAACUGGCCCUUGCUAAAUCCUAAUCCGUUGCCCCCCGCGUCCCUUCCCCUCUCUCUCCGGCCUCCGCCAUUCCCAACGCCAGCCUUUUCCUCUUUCCAUCUGUUGUUUAUUUUUCCUCUUCGCUCCUCGCAUUGCCCUCUUUUUCCCCGGAUGCGGAUCCGCCUCCUUGUAUCCAUCGCCCGCGCCUGAUCGGUGGUGGAGAUGGGGGAGGGACAGGAGGAGGCCACGGGGUUCGAGGUCAGCAUCGUGGUGCCCAAGCUCUCGCGCGCCGCGGCUGCCGAAGGGGGAAAGGACUGCGUCGCGCGGCUGGUGCGCGAGCUCGAGGACGCCGGGCUGCUCGUCGAGCGCGUCCGCGGCGUCCCGGCCGAGUUCAUCAAGCUGUCUGCGCCCAUGGAGAUUCUGGGUAGAGCCGCUGCUGAGAUGCAGAUGAAGAAGCUCACAUACAUCGGAAUGGAUCUGCAGUUUGAAUGGGACCAGGUCGCUGCGUUCGUGAGGCAGCCUGACGGGUCCCUCUUUAGCUGGCGAGAGCGGUUUACCUGCUUCCACUACUUGAUAUAUGGCAUCGUGAACAAGACCAACUCUGAAAUAUCUCUCAAAUUUGAUGACAAAGAAUUUGACUGGAAAAGAAACGAGUCACUAUUACACAGGCUUGAAAAUGAAGGAGUUGUAAAGCUAGUCUUUCCUUUGCAUGAUGAAGUUAAAAGGAAACAUCUCCUGAGAAACUGGGCGCUUAACUGGCAUGACUUCACCUGGCAACCUAUUGAUGAAAUUUAUUCUUAUUUUGGAACAAAGAUUGCAACAUAUUUUGCUUUCCUUGGAAUGUAUACGCGUUGGCUGUUCUUUCCAGCUGUAUCCGGACUGGCCACUCAGCUCAUAGAUUUUGGAUCAUUGCAGUGGCUGGUUCUUCCAUCUUUCUUUAUCUUUGUAAUUUCUUGGGCCGUCUUCUUUUUGCAAUUUUGGAAACGGAAGAAUUCAGCACUUCUCGCUAGAUGGGGUAUUAAUUAUUCUUUUUCUGAAUACAAAGCUUCAUGCAAUGAACUGGACCCCUUGAGGCAUUCUCUUUCGGUUCAGGGUGUAGAGGAAAAUAAAUUUGAUGAUGCACCUGCUGAGAAAAGAAGAUUGCAAAGAAAUGAGUGGUCUGGUGUCCUCCUUAGAAUUAGGAACAAUGCAAUUAUUGUGUUGGGUAUUAUUUGUCUUCAGCUGCCAUUUGAGUUGGCCUAUGCUCAUCUGUAUGAAAAAACGAAAACUGAGGCGCUAAGGUAUGUGUUGACUGCACUAUAUCUUGUUGCAAUUCAGUAUUAUACAAGGAUAGGUGGAAAGGUGUCGGUCAUUCUAAUAAAGUAUGAAAACAACCAAGGAGAAGAGUCAAGCGCUGAUAGUUUGAUUUAUAAGGUCUUUGGUCUAUACUUUAUGCAAUCAUAUAUUGGGCUGUUUUACCAUGCUUCUUUGUAUCGUAACAUUUUGACACUACGGCAAGUCCUUAUUCAGCGCCUCGUUGUGUCUCAGGUGUUGGAAAAUUUGAUUGAGAAUUCCAUUCCAUAUCUCAAGUACAGCUACAAGAAGUACAGGGCUGUUCACAAGAAAAAAGAAGAGAAGGAAUCACCAUCAGGGAAGUCAGUUCGAUUAUCAACAAGAGUGGAGAAAGAAUAUUUAAAACCCUCUUAUACUGCAAGCAUUGGAGAAGAGCUCGAAGAUGGUCUUUUUGAUGAUUUUCUUGAGCUAGCUCUUCAGUUUGGGAUGAUCAUGAUGUUUGCUUGUGCGUUUCCAUUAAUAUUCUGCUUUGCUGCUCUGAACAAUGCGACUGAAAUAAGAGCAGAUGCAUUGAAAUUGUUAGUCAUGUUGAAAAGACCUGUACCCCGUGCCGCAGCUACAAUUGGAGCAUGGUUGAACAUAUUCCAGUUCCUUAUAGUAAUGGCAAUCUGCACCAACUGCUUGCUUCUUGUUUGUCUGUACGACGAAGAGGGAAAAUGGAGGAUUGAGCCAGGACUUGCAGCAAUCCUUAUAAUGGAGCAUGCUCUGCUCUUAAUCAAGUUUGGUUUCUCACACUUUGUCCCUGAGGAGCCCGCAUGGGUGAGAGCAAAUCGCGUGCGAUAUGUAGCUCAGGCACAGACUGUCUGCUCUAAGCAACUCUUGAGGAGCAUUACAAAACUGGAUUCAAAAUGGGAGUAAAGACAGAGUGUAGAUUCAGCUUUAGAAGUCGAAGCUAGUUUUGUAGUUUAGGAUAGAGCGGAGAUUUGCCUGGAGCAACCAGUGUAGAAAUUUUAGUGAUCUAACUGACAUCCUGAUGCUGUUAACUGUUUCAACUGUAGAUAUCACUACAUGAGUUAUAGGAGUUAUGUAGGGGUGCAACUGCAAGCAUGUAAUGGUGUUCUCCUUGCAAGCAAGAAUGUGGUGAGUUAUUUUGAUGUGUACAAACAGCACCACGGUUCACCACGAUGUAAAGUUAAACCAUCAAUUUGCAGAUAGAAAAACACGCAGGCUGCUGUUUAUUGUUGUU